UUGUCAAAUUUUCACUCACUGCUAAGAUUAAAAAACGCAACCCUUUUUCACCCCAUACGAAUCAGAACUUAUUUUAUGUGUCCAAUUUACUCCUAAUCAUCGCCUACACAUGUAAGCAAUCCCAGAAAACAACCAGUAAGAAAUGAACUUUGGUGCACAAAUGACUAAAAAGUUGAAUAACUGUAUAAAUAGUUAUAAAUAGUUAACCAAACAAACUUUACCAAAUUCCUGUUUCAUUAUCACGACAAAUAGCUAAAAAUAUUUUGCAUACUAGUCAAUCCUUUUAAAACGUGUAAGUUUUGUUGGGAAAAAAUUGGUUAAGCUUUGUGUGAAUUUUUCUUACAGUGUAUUGAACAAGCCAGAUUAAUUUACGUUACCAUAAACUGUGUCCAUAUAAAUAUCUAAAUCUCCAAGCCCAAUAUAAUAUGGAUCUGAAGCCAGGAUAUAAAUGGGAGUGUCCAAAAUGCUCAAAAAUGUUCAAGACCUGUCAUAAUUUGACGAGACACAUGGUCACGCACGAUCCCGAUGCCAAGGUCAAAUGCGAGGUUUGCGGCAUCAUUUGCAAAAACAAAGUCGUCUUAUCUUGCCAUAAGUGGAAACUUCACAGCAACCGGAAGCGACCAAGUUGUAACACGUGUCACCGGGUGUUUUCCUCCUUUACAGCUUUACGCCUACAUGCUGACACCGUCCACAGCACGGAGGCUCGUCCUCGUUUACGAUGCACAGUUCCCUUUUGUGAGAAAACCUACCUGAACAAAGGCGACUUGGCGAGUCACUUGAGAACUGGACACGGCGAGAACUCGGUGCGAUUUCGGUGCACACUUUGCGGUAAGGAAUUCAAAAUGAGGGGUGGACUUGACCGGCACAUUCUCACCCACACAAUGGAGAAGCCGCAUAAUUGUUCCACAUGUGGGAGGAGUUUCGCCCACAGUGGGAGCAUGAAAUGUCACGAGAAGACGCAUUUGGAAAAGUCUACCCGAGACAGGUCAAAGUGUCACAUCUGUCCUCAGACCUUCUUAAAUAGGAGUGGUCUACAUCGCCACGUCCGAUUUGUACAUGAAAACCAGAGGAAUUACCCGUGUCCAUUUUGUGACCAGAGAUUCUCCACUUCAUCACGCCUGAAGCGGCACGUGGAGGCGAAACAUGCCACGAAUAAAGAUCCCAUCUACGCCUGCGAUAAGUGUGAGUACAAAAGCUACUCGAAACAUAAUUUGGCCAUUCACAGAACGCGUCACAAUGCAGCGAGGCAUGGGUGUUACUUCUGUGGGAAAAAAUUUCUCACCUUCAGCCAGUUGGUUGACCAUGGGAGAGUUCAUACUUUGGAAAUAUUGAAACACUUAUGAAUGUAUGUAA